AUGACUAACACAACGUCGCAAUCUAGUCGCUCGGACAAAUACUUCAACGACGAUGCCAUCUCCUUCAACUCCACCAUCUACGAUAAGACCCGUGCCUACUGGACAGACGACCUCAUCGACAUCCAAAUGGCCGCCAACGCCCGUCUCGCCCGUAUGAUCGAUUCGGUGAAGUACAACCCCAAAUUUGCUUUGUCAGAGUUGGCCGCGGACUUCAGCGCGGGUGAAGGCGCUGGGUACAUGCUCGUCUUCGGCAACAAGACCGAGAAGACUGCGAGGCGAGACCUGGUGGAGUACUUCUUCGAGAACGAGCGCUUGCCAACAGAGCUGGGCUGGAAGGCCCCUGACGAGGUGAUCAGCCUGGAAGAUCUCCUAGGCUUCUCCGAAGACAUCUACAGUGCGACUUCGUACGAUGCUCUCGAGACGAAGGAAGCCAUGAUGCGCAGAAACGGUAUGGUGGGGAAAGUCUUUUAG